AUGAACCCUGAGGUGUCCCAGAGGGCAGGGGUGGAUAGCAAGGCAACCCCUGACACCAUCCCCCAGGCCAGGUUCGAGCUGGAGCAGGAACUGGGCCUGGGCAUGGCCCCCUCGCACAUCAUCUACACCAACCCUGCCUCCCACAUCCCGUACGCUGCCUGCCAUGGGGUGUGGCUCCUGACCUUCAACAGCGAAGAGGAGCUGAUCAAGGUGGCCCGGCACCUACCCGAGGCCAGGGGGAACCAGCAGGGCAGUGCUGGCAGGUCACGUGACCUGCGUCCAGCCCCCACGUGGUUUCUGAAGGGCCAGAUGGCGGGCACCUUCACCCAGGCCCCGGCUUACUGCCGGCGCCUAUUCGAGAUGGAAGGGGCCUUCAGGCAUGAUAUGAUCCUCCUGGACAGAAGGGGCUUCCCCCAAGAGGAAGGCUGCAAGCCCAAGUUUGAGGAGAUGGCAAGUGUGAUCAGUGCUGUCAUGGACCAGGACUUCCCCGUGGGGAGUGGAGUCAAGAUCACUGCAGAGCUGGGACACUUCGAUGUGGAGUCUGUCUGCAUGGCUGCUGUGAACAUCAUUGCCAAGAAGACUGUGCUGGAGUCUGGAGGCCACCAGAAGCUGGUGUACUACCUCAAUGACGGUCAUGGCAUCUUCCGCAUCUUCCUCAGGGAGGCUGUCCCCAGGAUGCCCAUUGUGGUGAAGGAGUUCUGCUCAGAGCCGCCCCUCUUCCCCUGUACCCUCUACAGGGUCACGUGUGAUGCCUUUGAUGAACUCUUCCCAGGGGAGCUGCGGAUGCCUGGGCUGGAUGUGGGUGACGGGCUCGUCUUCCCCUCCACGGGCGCUUCUGCCUCCACCAUGAGCUCCACUUUCAACAGCCUCCUGCCCACAGCCGUCUGCUGUGCCCUGGAAGCCGAGCUCAGGCCCCUAGACAGGGAGGGCUGA